ACACUACUUAUUAAACAUGGGCUGCUGCUUCAGUAAAGAAUUGAGUAACAGCACGAGUGAGGAGAAAACCAGCUUGUUACAAAAAUCUGUGGAAGAGGAAGCACCAGAGUCAAGGAUAAGUAAAACUUUAUCUUCAAUUUUUGGAACUGUGAAAAGCCAGGAUCUGCAUACAGUGGGAAGGACAGUUAACGGGGCGGCUGCGACAGUCGGCAGUGAAUGCGUUUGUAGCGAUGAUUGCGCAGCGUCAAAUUCUAAAUCUGGCUUUUUGGGUAGAAAAGGGAAAUAUCCAUCAUAUAAAAGCAUGGGGAAUACUCCCCAUGAGAGCUCGAGGAGAACGUAUGACAGACCUUUUAGCUUCUUUAAUUCCUUUAGUCACCUCUUGAAAGUCUCUGGUACGUAUGGAAAUCUGCAGAAAAGUGAAGAAAAGAAAGACAGGGUUAUUAAAAAAAGAGCACCUAAAAAAUCUAAUAGCGAUGAUCAGCACAUGAACAAUAUAGAAAACAUUAAUAGUAAUAUUAAUAAUGAAAAUGUAGCUGUACAAGAGCAUUGCUUAUUUGAUCAUAUUUCGAAUUCACGUGUACCAGACAUCCUGGACAAAGGGUUACAGAGUGAAAUUUCCUUAAAUAGAAAUUUUCUGGAGGAUUAUGCAGUGACGUGUGACCAUUCAAGGCAAAAUGAAACAACAGUAAACGUUAAAGACAGCAAGAGUGACAGCCUACAGAAAGUUUCAAGUUCAUAUAGAGAGGUGCCUCCAACACUUUCCUAUCUUGAUGUAGACAACAGUCAAAAUGUGAAAGACAGGGAGUUUUACAGUAUUUGUGUUGUAGAUGCAGAAGAUCUGACAGGGGACAAAGAGGUGCCAGCUACUGUGCAUGAAGAGACUGGAGCAGACAUAGAUAACUCAGCUGUUACUGAUGAAGGAAUGUGCAGCAUGGCACGACCUCUAGACACUGGGAAGGAAUUUCCAGUGCAGCGAUUGGCACAAGUGGAAGCUAAGUUUAAUUCACAGGAAGAACUGUUUGAGUAUAAAAAAGAGGAUAGGCCAAACAUGCAGAAAAAGGACACAAGCAAAUAUUGUAGCAUAGACAUCCAAUCUUUUGAUAACUUACUGACUAACAGGUGUCAGGUGCAUAAGUUAAAUACUGACAAUACAGUAACAAAUGUCUUAAGAGCAAAAGUAUCUGAUGAAAUCAUCCCUGAGAAUCAGCAAGAGGAGGUGUAUUCCAUAGGUAGUGCUGUCAGUUGGAAUGAAUCACUCCAUGCAGCUUGUAAUUCUGUGAAGCCUGUGGAUGCUGCUGAAAAGGACCACUACAGCCCUAACUCAGAAAAGGUGAAACACAGUGAUUAUAUUUCCAGUGUCUUGUUAGAAAAUGGAGUAUGUAAUUCAGGAAAAACUGAGGGAAGUAAUCAUUCUGAUAUUGUACCACUUGGUUUAAGUGGGCGUCCCUCAAGUGUUGUAGAGCAAACAAAUACUAAACAGAUGGCAGAGAACAUGAGGGGUAACUUUAAAUUAUCACUAGAGUUAUGUGAAAUGGACAAUGUAGAAAAACUUGCUGAAAAAGUCUACUUUCUAGAGCCAGAAAGUGAAGUAAACUCAAAUGUGGAAAAGAAAACACUUGAAAGAACUGAUGGUGAUAGCCAAAUGUUUGCACCAGAGUGUAGUGAACAUCACAGCAGUUUUGAAGAGUCCUUGAAAGAUGGAGAGAAAUGCACAGGUACAAUUUUGCAUAGCUGUGAAGCUUUGAAUACGACUGAAAUGCACAAAAACUUGGAGGAAAGUUCUGAUUUUCAAACUCAAAUUAAGGGCUGCAGUGAAAUCAAGACAUCGGCUGAAGCUGCAGACCAUGGUGGCACAGAGGGAGGUGUCUGUGAGCAUGUCACUGAUGACUUGACUGAGGAAGCUGGUAACUUGAGCAGAAGUAGCCCGUGGGAGUCAACCAAGGUUUCUGAGUUAAACCCUAAUGCAAAGGUGUGGGGAAAUCAUAUGUUACACUUGGAAGCAAGUGGUGCCACUGAUGGUAGUGUGAGCAAAACGUGGGAAGAAAUACCUGACCAACCUCCAGAUUCUUGUAAAGAAGGACUGGAUGCCAACGGUGAUGGCGACAAAAAGCAUCAGAAUGCAGUGCUGACAGAGCUGCCGGAGCCGUCACCAGCUGUUUCGGUGUCAGACCAGACAGAUAUGAACCCUUUGGCUCUCGAUCAUUCUGAGUAUGAGUCUAUGCAUGAAACCACCCAGACAGGUGGAAACGAACAGUUGCAGCCAGAAGGUCAGGAAGAUUUACGAGAAUUACUGAAAAAGACACUGGAAUUCUGUUUAUCUAGAGAAAAUCUUGCCAGUGACAUGUACCUUAUAUCACAGAUGGACAGUGAUCAGUAUGUGCCAAUAAUGACAGUAGCAAACCUUGAUCAUGUCAAGAAACUCAGUACUGAUAUGGAUUUGAUUGUUGAAGUGCUGAGAUCGUUGCCUUUAGUUCAAGUGGAUGAGAAGGGGGAAAAAGUUAGGCCAAAUCAGAAUCGCUGUAUUGUGAUUUUACGUGAAGUACCUGAAUCUACUCCCAUUGAAGAGGUUGAAGCACUUUUCAAAGGAGACAAUUUGCCUAAGUUCAUCAACUGUGAGUUUGCCUAUAAUGACAAUUGGUUCAUCACAUUUGAAUCCGAAGCCGAUGCACAGCAGGCUUACAGAUACCUUAGAGAAGAAGUGAAAACUUUCCAAGGAAAACCAAUUAAGGCAAGGAUAAAAGCAAAGGCAAUAGCUAUAAACACAUUUUUGCCAAAGAAUGGAUAUAGACCUCUGGAUAUGAACCUCUACACGCAGCAGCGUUACACAACCUCCUUUUACAUACCUCCAGUAUACAGUCCCCAGCAGCACUUCCCAUUGUACAGCUUAAUUGGCCCACAGACCUGGUCAGCCACACACAGCUACCUUGACCCUUCAUUGGAAAAGCUAUAUUUGAAUAGAAAUCACUUGAGGAGAACAGGGACCAUGAGGAGCCAUGACACAGGAAUAAUUUUCAUGAGACAGGGUUACAGUUUGCAUGUAACACCAUUUCCAAAUACUGGAUUUAUCAAUGGGUUCACAUCUCCAACCUUCAAGCCUGCUGCUUCUCCAUUGACAACACUCAGACAAUAUCCUCCCAGGAACAGGAAUCCUAGCAAGUCUCAUAUACGACAUACAAUACCCAGUGCAGAGAGGGGACCUGGGCUUCUAGACAGUCCUACAAUAUUCAACUUUUCUGCUGAUCGUUUAAUCAAUGGCGUCAGGAGUCCACAGACGCGGCAGCCGGGACAAAGCAGGACACGGAUGCAGAGUGCUACUACGAGUUACACCAAGAGGGAAGUAGGAACUGGGCGGAUGGAACAGACCAGCGUUGACUCGUCUCCUGGACUGGGGAGAGGAAGGAAAAACUCAUAUGGCUACCGGAAGAAAAGGGAGGACAAGUUUACAAGAGGCCAAACACAGUCUCCACCACCCGUAAAACCUCCAUCUCCCAGCUUUGAAUUGGGUUUAUCUAGCUUUCCUCCAUUACCCGGGGCUGCUGGCAAUUUGAAGACCGAAGACCUAUUUGAAAACCGACUGUCCAAUGUGGUAAUAGGAACAUCAAAAGAAAGAGAAACCAGGGCCAGGACAAGAGGAAGUGGCCUCAAGCUGCACCAGGAGAAGUUCAGGAUGAACAUCAGGAAAAAUUUCUUCACUGAAAGGAACAUUAAUGUGGAUGCAAGUACAAACACUAUUCCAUCAGGAAUUCCUCGAGAGCCGUUGUUACCGGUUUCUUCUACAUUGCCCAGGACCUUUGAAAGGUCUCCUUCGCCACCCCAGUCUUCUGAGGACCCCAAGGUUGUGGAUAAACAGCAGAGAGAGACACAGAGUACAGAAAGACUUUCUUCUUCCUCACUCAGUACUGCAUGUAAAUCGGUACAAGUCAAUGGGGCUGCCAUAGAACUGCGAAAACCUAGUUAUGCGGAAAUUUGCCAGAGAACAACUAAGGAUCCUCCUACAUUGCAACCCCAGAAAGAACAGAAGCCAAACACUGUAGCAUGUGGGAAAGAAGAAAGAAAGCCCACAGAAACAAUAGAGAAAAACAGAGAACCUCCUCCUGCAAAGUCACAUCCUGGACAACCCAAAGACCAGAGGAGACAGUCAGGACGCAGAUCGUCCCCUCCAGCCGUUGGCAAACGCUUAAAUAAAGAACAGAGUACCCCUCCAAAAUCUCCUCAGUGAAACUAACAACUAGGGGGAAUUUGAGAAGAGGUCUGCUUCCCACAAAUUAAACCCAUGUUCCCACUAAGAUACCUGAGAAUGAGUUGCUGGUUAGGAGCUUGCAGUGAUACUGGGCAUAUAAUAAUGCCUGCAAGUUAUUUUUCUGUGAAGUACUUUUUCCCCUCUUGAACAAACAUUCUAUUUUUCUGGGUAUUUCUGGAUAGUUGUUCUAAACCUUACAUUUAGAUUGGUGCUUAAUUGGAGGUGAAGCUUAGUGUGAUUUUUUUUUUUCCAAGGUGUAAAAUAUUUGUCUUUAAAAAAAAAUCAACUUUUUAUUAAGCCUCUCUGUGGCUGUGUGAGUGCAAGCUCUGUAUAGUGAGUUUUUUCUAAACUGUUAAGCAGAAAUGUGCUGCUGCAAUAUUUUUAAUAAACAGGUCUGCAAGUACAUAUCUAAAGUGUCCAAAAGACUGAUAACGGCAGCUAGUGUGUAGAGUGCAAGGAGGUAGAACAUAUUUUACAAAUUAGUAUGUGACCUUGAAGACUUUUUUUUUUUAUUGGGCUGCUGUACUAAGUGUCAGCAAAUGAACUUGCACUUUUAGGUUAAAUGAGUAGCUGUUUCUAGUAUUUUUUAAAAAAAUAAUCUUUUUUUGAUGUUUUGCACACACAAAAUUAAUUCUACGGGGCACCAUAGCAGUCUUUCUAAAAUAUUUCCUUUUUUUGACUUACUGCAAGCAAGUAACCAUCUUCUCACUCCAGAAUAAAACUGAUGUUAUAAUUUGCAAAUACAAAGCACAUUGUGAAUAGAAAGAAUCAAGUCUGUGAGCUUCUAUGAUGGUGAAGCCUGUUAGUGAGUGGAUGUUAUCAGGAGAAAGCAGUGUAGCCUUCUUGUGAUAACUUUAGCUUCCCUGUGCUUGUAAGGGAGUUAACUGAGUCAGCGCUGUAUAUUCUGGUUACCCCUGUGCUCUGUGUAGACUUUUUUUUCAGCUCUGCCCCAAGUGCUCUUUGAAAGAGUUCAUAUCUUAGUCAGCCUUGUGUUGACAUCUUCCUGUAACUACGAGCAUUGGCAUAUGGAUUUAAAUUUUUCAAGACGUGAGAUAGUGGUGUUUGUUUUGUGUGGUGGAGGAAGAGAUCCCUGAUAUUUACCUCUGGGAUGAGGUUUCUCACACUUAUUUACUUUAGAAGUGAUGCGCUUUCUGAAGGACAAGGAUGCACUAAAUUAGCAAGUUUCUAAUAAAGUUGAAUAUAAAUUAUUUUUGUUUUAAGAUGCCUAAAGUUUUUCUUUAAAUGUUUAAACUGCAGGAAGUUCAGACAAAACUCAUUCCUGCUGACUAUGACAGUACAGUUUAUUCCACAAAAAUGUUUAUUUAAACAACUGAUUUUUUUAAAGAAUUAUUUCCAUCCAAUAUUUAAAGACUUGAAUUUUAUUUAAACUUGAAAAUGACUUUGCCUUAACUUUUGUACAAGACAGCUUAGAGUUAAUGAGGUCUGACCCCAUGGAGGGUUAGCAUGAAUGGAAUACAGAAUUACUCAGUUACAGUAUGUAUCUAUUGUCACUGGUCUUACUGGGUAAACAUACUGUAGUACAGGAACUAGCAGCAGUUUUUGUAAUAUACCUUAAAGAUCUUAAACAGUUGAUCUUUUUCAGAUUGUUGAAAAACCUGUAAAUGCAAAUAGUCAAUACUGUAUUAAAUAUGUGCACUUGGAAGUGUGUGCUUUGCUUGUACAGUUGUAAAUAAUCAGAACAUAUAAAAAGGUACCCUAAAGAAAAAAAUCUGAUAAAAAUUAUUGAUAUUAUAAAUGUUGCUGUUGAGCUGGAUGUAGAUAAACUAAAUGUUGUGGUUUGAAUAUUACUUUAAUUCGUUGUUUUUUCUUUUUCUUAUUUUAUUCUGGUGUGUUGAACUGACUCUGCCUCUUCACUGCAAAAGGGAAAUGGAACGAAAGUCUUAUUUGAAAGCCCUCAAAUGUUUUCCCAAAGUCCCUCUAAAAACAAGCGAUUUAACCAAUUCAAAAGUGUUCUGCAAUGUAAAUAAUGAAUUUCAGCAGUCAAACUGUAAUUUUAGUCUUUAAUAAAAAUCAAGUCUAAUUGGGGAAAAAAACUUGACUGCUGCAAAAAUAUACACUGAAGCUUACUUGUGUGCUUUCAAGAGUAUCAGUGCAUGAUUCACAGAACUGUAAAGUAACUAUAGAAGUCGACUCCUGAUAAAUCUCCUAUUACAAGCAUCGAUUGGUAACUAGUUGACAUUUUAAAAUCCAGCCUGUUGUAUGCUGCAGAAUUGGUCAAAACAGGGCAUGCCGGAGUCUGUUGAUUUUUUUUUGUUUGUUUGUUUAUUUGUUUGUUUGUUUAAAAAGCGCACUUUGUGAAUGCUGUGGGAGGAGAUAAGACCCCGACAACAUCACCAAAACCGCUCAACUAGUUCUGUCAUUGGAUUUAUUUUUUUUUAAUACUCUUCUCCUUUCCCCAGCAGCAGUGAACACGGUAGCUAGAUUUGUGUAUGGUUUAGGCCAGCUGUAUGAUUCAUUUUGUUUGUCUGCUGCAAGUGAAAGGCUUUCCAGCUGCAAACAAUCGCGAGUGGUUCCUUACAGCGACUGUGUACGGCUCGUCAUGAUGCUCAGCUGGUACCCGAGGUGAUAUAUUGAGACCAGCGGGGUGUGUUGUGCUGUUCUAAUGUAUUCUGCUGCCAUUUGUGCUAGGUCAAUACACUGUAAUUACUGCUUACCCAGCAACAGUCUGUUGCACCAAAAGUUUAAACCUUCCUCUGACGUGGUUUUUAUAGCUUUUUUUUAAAAAAAACGAGGUGACACGCCAAAUCGCUGUGUAACAUACCAUACAACUUCUCCUUACUGCAUUUUACUUUGAGAUUUUCUUCUUUUUUUUUUUCCCCCCCCCCACUCAGUGACAAAAUGGAGUUUUCGGAGUAGAGUUGUGAAGUUGCAUGCAGACUGUUGCUACGAUACAGAGAGAGAUUAAAAUGUGGCUUUUAAAAUGAAAAACCUCCCAAAAGCAGUAGCUGAGUUAAAGGUUCAGGGAUGCAGUAAUUAAAAUUGGCAUUUUACCUUGUAGGACUGUGUAGUGAUGCUUUUCAUUUUGAAAACGAGUCAAAAUGGGAUCUGAGACUCUCAUUCCAGGAAUUUAAAAAAAAUGAAGGUUGCUUUCAAAACCAAAGGUUGUUUCAGAUCAGUCCCUCACCAUGACACUGUCACUCACAGCUUGGAAAUCUGUGAACAGUGGCAAUUUUUUUUACCUUGCUGCAUUACCCUUCAAAGCCCUGAGCAGUUGGCAUGGAAAAGGCCCUUGUUGGAACAUGGUGCAGUGUAUCACAAGCAACAGCUGACUGUAAUGGUGCACACCUAUCUCUGUAUCUCCUUCAGUACUACAGGUAGGGACUUUUGUGCUUUGUAACCGAUUACACUAAUAGCAGCAGACAAUCUGAGAUUCCUAAGGAGACCUAACAGCUGCCAAUUCAUGAAACAGAAGUGUAAUAUGGGAGCCUUUUUGAGGGUUUUUGUUUUUGUUCUUCCAUUAAGACUGGAAUCAAGCUUACAUGUAAACUAUCAGUAAUUUAAGUUUCCUUUUGUGUCAUAAAAUGUAAAACUGUCUAAUUUGAAAAAAAAUAUGUAGGUUAUGAAAAAUAAAGAUUUAGGCACUGUUGAA